AUGAGUUUCCUGCACCGACGAAGCAGGUCUGCGUCGGCCUCACGGCCCCAGACUCCUGCUUCCGCCUCUGCCCAUAUGGCUGCGACUCAGGCAUUUCUGGCCAGUCGAGCCUCGCAGGCAAACUUGUCAGCUUCCGCUGCAGCCACCGCCCUCAGGACCAUGUCCCCGACACCGACACCGGUAGAUCAGGUCCAGACAAAGCGCAUGAUCCAAAGGCAAGCAUCCCUGGGUGCCCUCUCAGGCUCAGCUCGUGGUCGAUCAAGAGGUGGUCUGCAGAGGCAAAGUAGUAAUGGCUCCAUGACUGAGAGGACUUUCAGAACUCCAUCUCCUUCGCCCUCGAGACAGCCGUCGCGGUCGGGACUUGUCGAAGCGCCUCCUCUGCCCGAUAUUCCACAAGAGUUCGCCCACCCAUCCCCGCUACCGGUCAAGAAGAAAAAAAGGGCGUCUAGUCAAGAGGCUCCUCCACCUCGAGUGUCAUCGCCGCCCUUGACUCGACCAGUCAACCGGGGGCAAAGUCUUGAUCGCUACGACCAUUCUCAGCAGACUGGUCCACCUCAACGGAAUAACAACCUUCCCAAAGCCAAUGAACUGGAGCGCGCCGACAGUCGAAAUUCUAUCAACUUUUCCAGGCCUCUGUCUCCGCGACCCCAAUCUCCCGUGACCCCAUCGCCAGUAGGGCAAUCACCCAUGCUCACCAGGGGAGAGCAGCCCGCGUCAAAUGCCGUCGCCAGAGCCAUCUCUCCCGUCCAAGCCGAAAACAUCCAAUAUGGCCUCACACAAACAGCAAGUCAGCCUGUCAAGAAAAAGAAAAAGAAGAUUGUCAGUGGCUCCGCCGAGGGUAACCAUCUGCAUACCGGAACAUUGGCAAGCAAGCCCGUGGUCACUCCUCUUGAGCCAGGACCGGAAAGGGACGUACAGAUGCAAGGUCAAGAGCUGCCUCCGGUCAAGAGGAAAAAGAAAAAGAAAAAGGUAGCGGUUUCGGGGCCCAAUGCACAUUUUCCGCCAUCGGAUACUUCAUCGCGAACCGAUUCCGAUUCCGAUUCGACACUUGAACGAACGCGAGAGAGGCAUACACAAAGAGCUUCAGGGGUGUUGGCCAAGCGGCCAUCUAUCGUGCGAGAGGACUGGGAAGGCGAACAAAAGGAAGAAGCUAGUCCACCACAGGUUAUAUCGACGACGGAACAGACCUUGAGCCCAGCACAAGACUUGACAACCCCUCUGGCAGGCAAACGGCCGAUCAGUGUGGCAAAUGUAUCAAGGAAGAUUGAAGAGCCAAUUGUGCAGCCCAGGACCGUCAACCACAAUGCGUCGUCCGAGGACCAAGCGAUCAGCUCGCCAGAACGACCAGAGACAUCGCCUGCUUCUUCGAAUGGCCUCAAAGUAGUCGAGCCUCAACCAACAAGAGGAUCAUCACUUAGCCCUUCAAGAUCUACGAGAUUCUCGGACAGACUUUCGUCAGAUCUCGCCGCCGGACGAAAACACGAACCUCUUCCACGAUCCGUUUCGCCGGCGAAGUCUGCACUCAAGCAUCAUAUUCCCACUCCGGCUUUAUCUCCAGGAGACCCGAACCAACCUCAAGCUUGCGGUUCUAGCGUCACUCCGAGCGAAUCUUCCGAUAUGUCCAGCGCUUCGACCGAAGGCCCACCCAAACGUAAAAAGUCCGUUCGCGUGAGUUUCGACUCUCAACCGGAGAUCGUUGGCACCGCUGCUACUCCUCAAAGCCCAGAGAGUCCGGAAAAGGAGGAGAAGAAGGGAUGGCUCGGUCUGGGGAAGAAGCCCACUCUCGACACGGUUCCCUCCAACGACGACAUAGAAGCGUUGAUGAAGCCACGACCCCAACUUCCUUCAUUUGGCAGUGUUCGUGGCCAAAAGUUUCGGGAUAUGAACGAUUCGGAUGCAGCGCACACCCCACGAUCUCUGCCAGAAAACCGCCUAUCUGCCCCAAUUUUGGAGGGCAAAACACUGUCGCCCUCGAUUACAUCUUCUGAGACGUCUUCCAGCUCAUAUAUCGCUGGCCCAACAAUCGGUGUUUCUAGUGACCACGCGGUUGGUGCGAUCCUCGCCCUCGAGGCCCAACGAGCGUCUCAGGCCGGUAGAGAUCGCGGAAAUGAACCAGUUCCGCCCGAGGUGACCUCCGUUCAAGGCACAGUCUCUUUCUCCGACUCAGAAAGUGAAAGUUCAGAAACAGAAGAGACUUCCAAUGCGAUCCCCCCGGACGACAAAGGCGACGUCAUGAUCGAUAUGGCCCCCAAAUCAGACCAAGCGCCGAACCAUGAUCAGCGAGCAUCUUUGUCUGUUGAAAUUCCUUCCCAGCCAGAAGUGCCUGUCGUAUCUGUCUCACCACCCACCCCAGCGCUGGAACAGACCAAACCGGAUGACCAAUGGCAAGUUGACGUGCCCGGGGGCUUUCCCGAACUCAGUGAGCCUGGUGCCCCGCCGCAGGAACCGAAGAAACCAAGUUUAAUUGCGACUGACGUCUCAGAAACCUCCUCGGGCCUGGAGAUCGAAUCUACAGAAAACGAAUCCGACACGGAGAGUAUCUACAGCGAUGCAGCGGAAGACCCAUCAGAGCUGGAUCGAACUGUGUUUGGUUCCAUCAACGCCAUUGUGGAUAGUCCCAUCGUGGCAACUCCUCCCGAGAGUCCUCUCGCCCAGGUUUCGCAACCUCGACCUCCACAGGCUCAGCAUACGGACUCAUGGGAAGCGGCCCAAGCUCGAUGGAGUGGUAUUGCGGAACAGAGGAGGCAGGCUCCAGCACAGGCACAAGCCCUAACAACACAACCCGGUCGAGCCCCACCACCAAAACAGCUUCGAUCAUCUCAGCCAAGACGCAAAAGAAAGUCCCCGGCUGCCAUAGCUGCCGCUGCGUCUGUUCCCGCCGCAGCACUCGCCGCACAGGGAUUACUGGACUCUCCACCUCGAAGGAAGAACCUGUCGUCUGCUUACCCAAUGAUUGAACAAACAAGACCUGAGGUUGCCGCAGCUGCAGCUGCACCGUUCAGGCUUUCCAUGAGGGCUGGUGCACCGUCUAAGGCUGAACCCUCGUUCCGUAAAUCGAUGAGGCACGAGAAUCGCGAUUCCAGGGUUCAUCCUGUGGCGAUGCAACAGCAAAGACCACCACAACAGCCUCGGGCGGCAUUGCAAAAGAAGCCCGCACCUCCCCCUGUCGCUGCUCCAACCCCUGCUCCGGCACCUCGGAUACCGGCCGCCCGGCCAGUUCCGUCGAAUGAUAGUGACUCGGAAAGUUCGUUCAAGAGAGCUCGCCGCACUAAAUCAACAACAGGGGGCAAAUACACGAUGCGUCGAAGUAUGCGAGGUGUUCCUGAACCAUCCAUGCGAGACAACGGGCGAUAUGUGGCUCGAUCACUCUCACCAGUCGGGCGAAGACCAUUCUCCCCACCGACCGGACCACACACCAUGAGAACAUCAAUGAGAGGUUCUGUCGAUAACACGGUGCCGACACUACGGGGUUCGGCUGAAGCCAAACGGUCGUCAUCUCUAUUUGGUCGCCGACAGAAGAGUUCGCCUUCUGCGCCCUCGGCCGAUGCCUUGGCUGCAGCAACUCACAGGUAUCAGUCCCGCAUUGCGGACUCGGACGAUGAAGAUGAUCAGCCAACACGGAGCCAAUGGCGUUCGCGAUACGCUGAUGACAGCGAUGACGAGUCCGAAAUGGCCCAUUUUACUCCCGUUCGUGGAAUCCCCCGUCGGGGAAAUGACGGCGACUCGACAGACCUGGAAGAUAGCUCAGACGAUGAGAAGCAGCUACCAGCCCAAGCUCCGGCCAAGCUUCAAAUUCCUCCAAAUUCGGUAUCAGCACCUAGCGGAGAGCCUCGAUCACCGAGCAGCGGGAAAAGCCGUGGAUUGCUUGGGAUAUUCCGCAGCAAAAAGGAACAACCUUCCUCACCAGUGGCAGCCCCUCUCCGGCCUCCAGCCAAGGCAGAUACUCGCAAGCCCUCUCAACUAGGAUUCUCAUCUGCCGCUGAACGAGACCGAAUUAUCGAGCAGACUCGAGCGGGGCUGGAAGCAGCCAAGGAUCAACAACACGUUGGAUCACCGCCAACCCACGGUAAACUUCAUCGACGACAACAGCCUCAGCGUAUCAUGAGUGAUACAUGGCCACUGCCUCCCAAACCUCGUGACAACACGAUCAAUCGACCCAAUACCUCAGAUGGAGCUCCACUCAUAAAUGGUAUGACAACGCUGAAUCAGGGACGCAUGCGAACGGAGGAACCUUUCCCAGCUGUAGGACGAAGUGGAAAGAAGAAGAGAUUCCCGAUGCUUCGCAAAGCCUUCGGACUGAAAGACUGA